AGUGGACCAAACGGAAAUUGAGUGUGUCGCCUCUCUUCAGUUUCUUCCCAACAUUCAAUCCGUGCGUUUGCAUCACUUUCAACAAUUUGCGAAGAAUCAUGAAGCUCCUCAUAGUUUGUGCUGUUUUCUUCCUCAUUGUUUCGGUUUAUGGUGGUAUUUUAGAUUAUUUAACGGUUGAAGCUGAAAAUCGCGAUGAUGAGACUGACAAUGAGAAGACGUGCGAAUGCGAAGGAUUCUCCUGCUCAUGCUGUGUGGACUUCAACAUGUCCCUGAUUGAUUUGGGUGGUCCCGGAUGCGUGCGGUUGACCUAUUUAUCCCCCCAGGAGGGAAUUGGGGUGAAUGUGUCGUACGGGGAGAAUCUUCUGGCACACAGUGUGGUCCGGGGAACAAAUCCCGCCCCCACAUGCCUCAAUAUUUUCGCCAAAUUGGCCCAAAUGUGUGCCAAAUUCACGGAAUUCCAACCCACGGAGCAAGGAAUGCGAGCCUGCAUGGAGUUGGAGCCCAAAUUGUUGGGGGAAGUGCAGCUGGACCUACCCAUUGGAUGCUUCCUCAUGACUCCCGAAGGGAUGGAGAUGAUUGACGAGGAAGCCAACACCGAGAAGGCGGAAGAGAAGCACGAGGCGGCCCCAGAAACGCCGUCAACGACACAAAAACCCGAAACAAUUAUUGGGGAUCUCACAGCUGAGGACAUCCUCAAUGUUGUGAGUGAUUCUGCGGACAAGGGCAUCUCCAUGAUCUCCAGUUGGUUCGGCAUCAGCCUCGAUGAUGCUAAAAAUGACACAGAAACCACAACUGUUGCCCCCGCGGAAUGAUGUGUGUGCAAAUAAAACUUCCAUUUAGCUCCUUAAAA